AUGCGCUUUCCAUGGGGUCUGUUAUGCUUCUGCCACUUCUCAGUGCAGCAGAGCACGGCAACCACGUCUCACUCGUUCACCACUCGAGAAGAACUGCGGGAUGCUCUUCUUCGCUGGAACGACACAGCUGCCAAGCUUCAGCUGAGCUUGCGGUACGGCAGCCCGGAGCAAUGGAACGUCUCAGCCAUCACCAACAUGAGCGCUCUGCUUCGAGACCUGGACUUCAAUGAAGACAUCAGCGGCUGGGAUACUUCCAGUGUCAAAGACAUGAGCUUGAUGUUCUUAGGAGCUAGGUCUUUCAACAGGCCCAUUGGCUCUUGGAACGUGUCUGGUGUCCAAGAUAUGAAGGCCAUGUUCUACAACGCUGCGGAGUUCAAUCAAGACAUUGGGUCAUGGGAUACAUCGGCAGUACAGGACAUGAGUGCCAUGUUCUACGGGGCCAAGUCGUUCAAUGUGCCGAUUGGCUUUUGGAACGUUUCCGCUGUCAAAGAUAUGAAGGCCAUGUUCUACAAUGCUGCGGAGUUCAAUCAAGACAUUGGGUCAUGGGAUACAUCAGCAGUACAGGACAUGAGUUUCAUGUUCUACGGGGCCAAGUCGUUCAAUGUGCCGAUUGGCUUUUGGAACGUUUCCGCUGUCAAAGAUAUGAAGGCUAUGUUCUACAAUGCUGCCGAGUUCAAUCAAGACAUCGGGUCAUGGGAUACAUCGGCAGUAGGGAACAUGAGUUUCAUGUUCUACGGGGCCAAGUCGUUCAAUGUGCCGAUUGGCUUUUGGAACGUUUCCGCUGUCAAAGAUAUGAACUCCAUGUUCUACAAUGCUGCCGCGUUCAAUCAAGACAUUGGUUCAUGGGAAGCACCGGCAGCACGGGACAUGAGUUUCAUGUUCUACGGAGCAAUGUCUUUCAACAUGCCCAUUGGCUCCUGGAACGUGUCCGCUGUCAAAGAUAUGAACUCCAUGUUCAUGAUUACUGCGGCGUUCAAUCAAGACAUCGGAGCAUGGGAUACGUCGGCAGUACAGGACAUGAGUGCCAUGUUCUACGGGGCCAAGUCGUUCAAUGUGCCGAUUGGCUUUUGGAACGUUUCCGCUGUCAAAGAUAUGAACUCCAUGUUCUACAACGCUGCCGCGUUCAAUCAAGACAUUGGUUCAUGGGAUACACCGGCAGCACGGGACAUGAGUUUCAUGUUCUACGGGGCCAAGUCGUUCAAUGUGCCGAUUGGCUUUUGGAACGUUUCCGCUGUCAAAGAUAUGAAGGCUAUGUUCUACAAUGCUGCGGAGUUCAAUCAAGACAUCGGUGCAAAGUUCUGCGAUUCCAUAUGCUUUCGUGGAGCGAGAGCGUCAUGCCAUUUGAAGCAUGUAUGUACUGCCGCUACAGGGCCCUUGAGCUUAUGCGCGCUAGGCGCCAGAAAAGUAGCAGUGUGCAGCCUGCUGGGGAACCUUCCUACCUCUGGCGGCCAAGAUGAUCUGUCGGCGGCUGAGGCCGAAGACGAUGAGGCCGCAGACUCCGAAAGGGAGUCCGACAGACAGAUGUACGGAGAAGACGAUAUGGAUCCCUCGUCACAUCCAGCAUAUGUAGUUGAAGACGAAGAUGAAGAUGAGCUGCUGGCAGAGCCCCCUCGUGGAGGUUCCGGACAGCGCGGUCGCAAUGGUCUGAGGACAGCGGCGGCAAGCAGUUCUUCUAGCGCACCUAAGUCUUCACCCUUGGAACCGGCGAAGGCAAGAGGAGCCCCUGCAGGCUCUGAUGACAAGAGCAAGUCGCAGCGGAAGCCCCGGGGGAACUUACCUCCGGCUCCUGCCUUCGACGGCGACAAGAAGAAGGAUCCAAAGUGCUUCAGGAAAUGGUCGGCCAAAGUGGACUCCUAUGUGGAGAUCGCCAAGAACAUCAUCGACGACAGCGAGAUCGGCUUGAGGCUUCACGCUGCGCUUGAUGGAGACGCGGCCGACUACCUGGAGGACAUCCCGGCUCGGACUUUCGGCGUGGAGAAAGGGUGGCAGGUCUUGUUGCGUGUCCUCAAGGAGAAGUUCGACGAAAAGAGGAUGCACAAGGUGGGGUCUGCCAUGCGGGGCUUCUUUCGCCUGAAUUUGGGCGACAAGUCCUACUCCAUGCUGGAGGUGGCCGACGCCAUGGACAAGGCGGCACGUAGGUGUCGCGAGGCUAACCUCACGAUCCCGGACGAGAUCAUGAUCUAUUUCUUCUUCGAGCACACCCAGUCGUCCACCGAGAGACAGGCAAAUUUGUUGCUGCGCACGGGCGGCGAGUACAACUGGAAGAAGAUGAAGGCGGCGGUGGAGCUGCUGUACCAGAAUGUGAAUGUCAGGCCAACGCUGCUGGAGGUCGUGAUGUGCGAGAUCGUGGUGGCCGUGGAGGCGACAGAGGAGCAAGUUGAGAACUGGAUCUACGACUUGGAUCCGGUGGAGCAGUUGGCGUCAGCAGAGCUAGAGGAGAUCCCGGAGGACCUCGCGAGGGAACUCCACCUUUGUUUCGCCACUCACAGGGAGAAUCGCCAGAAGCUGGCGCGGGCAGUGCAAGCUCGCGGCUUCUACGUCGGGCAGAAGGGCAAAGGCAAGGGCAAGUCCAAGUACGAUUCCAAGGGCAAGUCCAAAGACGGCAAGGGCAAGAAAGGAGGCGGCGGCAAGGCUCGUGGCAUGUCCCUUGAGGAGCUCAAGAGCAAGACGCAGUGCGCCGACUGCGGGCAACGUGGUCAUUGGCGGGGAGAUCCUCAAUGCAAGGGUGCCAGGAGCAACAACGCCGUGCAGCGGGACGGCCUGGACGAUGACGAUGAGGCCCAGGACUGGUACGAGGACUACGACCGUGACGUCGAGUACCCAUCUUGGGCUGCUGAGCGCUAUGGCUAUGAGGCGCAUCGCUCGUCCUAUGUGUCGGCGCGCAGAGAGCCAGGCGACGACCGGGACAGGCGGGCUGAAGCAGAGGCGGUGGCGCGGGGUGUUGACCGCGUGCGCCGCAAGGCCGAGCCAAGCGCGCCUGCCGUGAACGCGGACCAGGUCAAGGCCCAGCUCACCUCUGACACUUUCCUGGACGCUGAGGCGGUGAAGAGCAGGAUUCAGUCCAUGCACCGGCCGCACAUGACCCCGAGUCAGGCCCCCGAGUUGGUGGCUGAAGCUUUUCGACACUUUGGUCUGGAGCCAGUGCCAUCUGGAAGGAAAGGCGUGCGAGAAUUGUUGGACGAAGACACACCGGGCCCAGACAUCGAGUCGCUUCGGCGCGCCCUAGUUACCCGGCGGGCCGACUUCAGCUUGGAGCGGGCAGUUUGCAGCAGUUCACGCAGGCCACCGACUGUGGAGCCCAACCGGCUCUAUCUGACGUUGGACACAGCUUGCGAGAACACGGUGGCCGGGGUGACUUUGUUGCGGAGCUACGCCAAGCAGCUGGAAACGAACUACGGCGUCCAUGUGAAGAUUGAGGCCGAGUCGGAGCACUACUGCUUUGGGCCGGGGCCGCCAUUGCCGUCGAAGGAGAGAUGGUCUUUUCCGCUUGGUAUCGGUGGGGAACAGGCCGUGAUACACACCUCGGCGGUGGAAGACACGCACAGCCCGAAGGUGCCCUUUCUGGCAGGACAAGACUGGAUGAAGUUCAUGGACGCUUGUUUGGACAUUGGUCGUGACCGAGCUCUGCUACGAGAAAUCGGGAUCGAGGUGCCCCUCUUCGUAGACACGACAGGGCACUUAGUGAUCGCGAUCGACGAGUUUCCUGCAGGAGGAUGGGCAGCCGGGUUGAAGCCCCAGAAAGAGGGAUACGCAGGUGCCACCUUUGGCGCCUCGGAUGUCGCAGCAACGGCAUUCGCCGCAAGAAAAGAGACAGUCUUGCCCGACGUUUCGCAAGUUGCCUGCGGAACCACACACUUCUACGUGCCCUGCAAGCCCAAAAACUCCGCUAGACUCACUACUUCUCCUACUUCCUGUACGGUGCCUAAUGACUAUUGGGAGUUCAAGUAUGACACUCGGAUCUUCGUUCGACACCAUUGCAGGCCACGAGUGGCGCUCUUCGAGCCGCAAGACGCGAUCGAUGGGCCGGACCCCGAGAGCCUGCAGCCAUUGAGGGUGACGGUUUGCUCAGCGUUGCCUGUGCCUCUGCGGGACGAGUGGGGCGGACAGUCAGCAACCUCGAGCACCGACGGGGCGAAGAAGACGCACCUUCAGGGGCUAUGGUUCGGCGUGGUGACGAAGAUGCUGAGCAUGUUCGACGUGAUGGUCAGGUGGGAGCAUUUCAACAAGAAGGUCAUGGAUAUGAAGUACCGCUCUCCGGCUCUCAUGGGCUACGUGCAGGCCAUCGUGCAGGAGGAAAGCUCGUUGAAGACGAUCCCGGCUACCUUGAUUCCACCAGCAGUGAGGAAUCAGAAGCCGGCGGGGCAGCCAGCGCCUGUCCAGUAUCCGACGCCCCGCGAGAAGUGCCGACAUCCGCCCCACAUGGGCCGCAAGACGGGGAACACCCAUGGCCGUUUCCUGGAGUGUGCUCAGUGCGGCACAGUGUGGAAAGGGGUGCAGUACCGCAUCCCGGUCGCAGGGGACAUGGUGACGGCGUAUCCGCGACUUUGGGGCCACAGAGACAUUCCGGGAGGCAAGAUCGUCAAGGGCAAGGAGGCGUUAGACUCCGUGCGCCAGGACGAGGCGUCUUCCGCAAGUUUGUCCACUUGCUACUCUUGCUCGCAGGGCUGCAUGGUGGAGGGCUCCAAGGGCGACAAGAAGGCCAACAAGGCCAAGGCGGCUGGGCGUUCGACAGCCACGAGCUCGAAGAACAUUGCACCGACGCCGUCUUCCGCGCCUAUUCCGAUGACAUCGCGGGCCAGCACUGCAGUCUACUCCGACCUCCCGACCUACGACCACGAGCAGGCCGUCAAGUACAUGGCGCCGACGCCCGUGAAGGGGGCGGUCAGUUUCGGGGAGGUGCUGGCGUGGAAUACGGACGAGGACAUGGAGGAGAACUCGGAGGAGGAAGCAGCGGAACAGUCGACGUCGGAGGAGGAGCUUUGA